CCCGGCGCCACCGGGAGCGGCAAGAUGGCGGACGGUGACGGCUUAGGUGAAGCAGCAACUGCUGCGGCGUCUCCUCCUGCCCCUGCUCCUGGCCUGAGCCCGCCGCUGGGCUGGAGGGAGCGGCUGCGGGCCGGGCUGGCGGGCACUGGGGCCUCGCUGUGGUUCGUGGCGGGGCUGGGGCUGCUUUACGCUCUGAGGGUCCCGCUGAGGCUGUGUGAGAAUUUGGCAGCGGUGACAGUAUUUUUAAAUUCAUUGACGCCCAAAUUCUAUGUGGCACUUACAGGGACAUCUUCUUUGAUAUCAGGACUAAUAUUUAUAUUUGAAUGGUGGUACUUCCAUAAGCAUGGCACAUCUUUUAUUGAGCAAGUAUCUGUAAGCCAUUUGCGACCACUGAUGGGAGGAACAGAAGGCAGCAUUUCAGAGCCAGGUUCUCCUUCCAGCAGCAGAGAAAGUGAAACCAGCAGACAGAAUUUGUCAGAAUGCAAGGUAUGGAGAAAUCCUCUAAAUCUUUUCAGAGGAGCAGAAUAUAGGAGAUACACUUGGGUGACUGGUAAAGAGCCACUUACAUACUAUGACAUGAAUUUGUCAGCUCAGGACCAUCAGACCUUUUUCACCUGUGACACGGACUUUUUACGUCCUUCAGACACAGUUAUGCAGAAGGCAUGGAGGGAAAGAAAUCCUCCAGCUCGAAUCAAAGCAGCCUAUCAAGCUUUAGAAUUAAACAAUGACUGUGCUACUGCAUAUGUUCUGCUGGCUGAGGAAGAAGCAACAACUAUUGUAGAUGCUGAAAGGUUAUUUAAACAGGCACUCAAGGCAGGAGAAACAAUUUACAGGCGGUCACAACAGUGCCAGCACCAAAGCCCUCAGCAUGAAGCUCAAUUGAGGAGAGAUACCAAUGUACUGGUGUAUGUUAAAAGAAGACUGGCAAUGUGUGCAAGAAAAUUAGGAAGAAUAAGAGAAGCAGUAAAAAUAAUGAGAGAUUUGAUGAAAGAAUUUCCUCCUCUUACCAUGUUGAACAUCCAUGAAAAUCUCCUAGAAUCACUUUUAGAAUUACAGGCCUAUGCAGAUGUCCAAGCAGUUCUAGCAAAAUAUGAUGAUAUAAGCCUUCCAAAGUCAGCAGCCAUCUGUUAUACAGCAGCACUAUUGAAGACAAGGACUGUUUCAGAUAAAUUCUCUCCAGAAACAGCCUCCAGAAGAGGGUUAAGCACAGCAGAAAUUAAUGCUGUGGAAGCAAUUCAUAGAGCUGUGGAAUUUAAUCCUCAUGUUCCAAAAUAUUUACUAGAGAUGAAAAGUCUCAUUUUACCUCCAGAACACAUUCUGAAACGGGGCGAUAGUGAAGCAAUUGCCUAUGCUUUCUUUCAUCUUCAGCACUGGAAGCGAAUAGAAGGUGCUCUUAAUCUGUUACAGUGUACAUGGGAAGGCACUUUUAGAAUGAUUCCAUACCCACUAGAGAAAGGCCAUCUAUUUUAUCCUUAUCCCAGCUGCACAGAGACUGCUGAUAGAGAGCUAUUACCUCCGUUUCAUCAUGUUUCUGUUUACCCAAAGAAGGAGCUUCCUUUUUUCAUUCAUUUCACAGCAGGACUGUGUUCUUCUACAGCAAUGAUAGCUCUUCUCACACACCAGUUUCCUGAAAUCAUGGGUGUUUUUGCUAAAGCUGUAAGUAUGAUCUCAAGGACUUGUGCAGAGUAUUUGUAAAACACACAAGAAACCAUCUCUGAUCUGUUUGUGCUAAACCAGCUGAGCAGUGAAGAUAUUUGUUAUAGUAAAU